UCCAAAUUUUUAUCCAGAUUCGUUGUCUCAUGAGAUAUCACAUCUUUUUCUAAAUUGAAUUUUUCCUGGACGAAGGGAGAGCUAGAACGGUAUGACGCACGCCUAUUACGCUGUAUUGAUCUGCAGGUUCAUUAUAUCGAUUCGUAUAUAUUAGAGCUAGCUAGCUGCUGCCGCUCGUAGGGACGACGGACAUGGCGGCCGCGCACGUGCUCGUCUUCCCGUGGCCGGUGCAGGGCCACAUCAACUGCAUGCUCCACUUCGCCACCGGCCUCCUCCGAGCAGGCCUCCACGUCACCUUCCUCCACAGCGACCACACCCUCCCCGCCGCCGGCGACGACGACGACGACGCGCUGGCCGCCGCCUCGCCGCGGCUCCGUUACGCGUCCAUCCCCGACGGCCUCCCCGACGGCCACCCACGCCACGCGGGCGCAGCCGUGCGGCUCAUGGAGUCCGUGCAGACACAGUCCAGCGCGUACCGCUCCCUGCUCGCGGAGCUGGCUCGUGGUGAUGGCGAUGGCGGCGGCUUCCCUCCGGUGACCUGCGUCGUCGCCGAUGGCCUCUUGCCGUUCGCGGUUGAUGUCGCCGAGGAGCUCGGCGUCCCGGCGCUCAGCUUCCGCACGGCGAGCGCGUGCAGCUUCCUCGCCUACCUGUCCGUGCCCAGGCUGUUCGAGCUCGGCGAGCUCCCCUUCCCGGCCGGUGGCGACCUCGACGAGCCGGUGCGCGGCGUCCCGGGCAUGGAGAGCUUCCUGCGCCGGCGGGAUCUUCCAGGCCAGUGCCGCAACUGCACCGAGCUUCAGAACGACCCGCUGCUGGAGAUGGUGAUCGAUUUCACGGCGCGCAGCCGGCACGCGCGGGCGCUCGUGCUGAACACGGCGGCGUCCAUGGAGCGCGCCGCGCUCGACCACAUCGCGCGCAACAUGCGCGACGUCUUCGCCGUCGGACCGCUCCACGUCAUGUCCCCGGCGCCGGCCGCCGCCUUGGCCAGCCAGUGGAGGGAGGACGACGGCUGCAUGGCGUGGCUGGACGGCCAGGCGGACCGGUCCGUCGUGUACGUCAGCCUGGGGAGCCUCACCGUCAUCUCGCCGGAGCAGUUCACGGAGUUCCUGUCCGGGCUCGUCGCCGCCGGCCACCCGUUCCUCUGGGUGCUCCGGCCGGACAUGGUCACGGCGAGGCUGCAGCACGCCGACCUCCAAGAAGCCGUCGUGGCGGCGGCGGCGGGAGACAGCAAGGCGCGCGUCGUGCGGUGGGCGCCGCAGCGGGACGUGCUGCGGCACCGCGCCGUGGGGUGCUUCCUGACGCACGCCGGCUGGAACUCGACGCUGGAGGCUGCCGUCGAGGGCGUGCCGACGGUGUGCUGGCCGUUCUUCGUCGACCAGCAGAUCAACAGCAGGCUCGUCGGCGCCGUGUGGAGGACGGGGCUGGACAUGAAGGACGUGUGCGACGCCGCCGUCUUGGCGAGGAUGGUGAGGGAGGCGAUGGAGUCCGGCGAGAUCAGGGCGUCGGCACAAGCUCUGUCGCAGCAGUUGGGACGGGACGUCGCCGACGGCGGCUCGUCGGCGACGGAGUUCAAGAGGCUCAUCGCGUUCAUCGAGCAGCUGAGCACGACGGCCCAGAACGGCGGCUGCAGCGAUGGAGGAUGAAGGUACAAAAAAAAGAAAUGCUAUAGCUAGUAGCUCACCCUUAUGUUGAACUCAUGAAUUCUGAUUUCACACAAUGUAAUACGAACAUCUUUUUUUUUCCAGUUUGUGUUAGUAUCCUUUUGGUUUUGAUUUGGUCAGAGUCUGAUGAUGUAAUCUUUCAAACAUGUAAGGCUUCAUAGCAGCCAUCACAUCAUCAGUUGCGAGAAAUUUGCUGGUUACCGGAUUUGCUAAGCAAACAAAUGUUAGUAAUGAUGUGAUAUUGUGAUUUC